UUGUAACCAUCUAACAGAGGACGAACUCGGAGUGACGAAUGACUCUGUUUCGAGAAAAGACACUACGACAGCCAUGUAUAAAUGUAGAGAUUGUCAGCAUAUUGGCUCUACUUUAGGAAACAGACGUGACAUUAGUUUGGCCUGGUUUUAUAAUAGGUCUUAGGAGUUUUGACUAAUUCCGUUUUUUUAAACUAUAGUCAUGGAUUCCCUAACACUGUCUAGCUGUUUAAUACUUUUUUGUUUUUUUACUCUUGUUCCUUCAGGUGAAGGUCAAGUGAGAUUAGCGAAUUCUGCAGCCAGUUACACGAAUAAUUUAAUUCCUUCUCUAAACAGAAGGGGCGUCGGGUCUGGGGGGUCAAUUGGAGCAGGGGGUGCUGGUAUUGGUAUAGGCAUUGGAAUUGGAGGAGUUGACAACAUUGGUAAUCCUAUUGGAGUCGGAGGCGGAUUUGGUGGGGCAGGCGGAUUCGUUGGAGGACAACAAUAUAACAAAUGUGGCCCACUCGCGCCCAGCUGCCUGCCUACGCCCGUGGACACUCUGGUGGAGUGCAAGUACGUCUACGACCCUUCUGUGGGCACGUGCGUUAAGAUUGACGUCAUUCCUUCCUGCGCCGUCCUGAGCGGUGCCGGUAACAAUGUGUUCAACACACUGCAAGACUGUCAGAGCAACUGUGUCUAGCUGUUGGGCCAGUCUCCAGCAAGACUGUCAGAGCAACUGUGUCUAGCUGUUGGGCCAGUCUCCAGCAAGACUGUCAGAGCAACUGUGUCUAGCUGUUGGGCCAGUCUCCAGCAAGACUGUCAGAGCAACUGUGUCUAGCUGUUGGGCCAGUCUCCAGCAAGACUGUCAGAGCAACUGUGUCUAGCUGUUAGGCCUGUCUUUAGAUUGUCAGCUUU